GGAAUGUAAGGAGGGUGAAUGUGGAGAACUGGAGGUUGGGGAUCUAAUUACCGGGCCAUAAUUGGGGGCUGGGGAAUAGGGUUGCCGUCCUCUCAACUCGCUGCAGAUCAAUUAUGUUAAGAGAACAUCUGUAAGUAGAGCUUAAUGAGGUCCAUUAGAGCAACAUGCGCUGCCUUCCCUAACGGUGCUUGUCAGCUUCUUGGAUGAGCUGGAGUGUGUUGCUGACUGGGGACCUGGCGGAGGGGCUUAAAUAGGAGAGCGCCGGCUCCACUUGGAGAGAAAGCAGACGGUGAGGAGAGAAGACCGCGAGGACCGCGAGAAGAAAAAGGACUUACGGAGAACUUAUGCCCCCCUGUGCCGGUUGGAAGUGACAAAGUUGGAUUUUGGACAGCCGCGGCCGAUCUUCAAGGUAUACAAAUGCUUUCCGUCCAGCCGGACACGAAGCCAAAAGGCUGUGCCGGCUGCAACCGGAAGAUCAAGGACCGCUACCUACUGAAGGCCCUCGAUAAGUACUGGCACGAAGACUGCCUCAAGUGUGCCUGCUGCGACUGCAGGCUGGGCGAGGUGGGCUCAACGCUCUACACCAAAGCCAACCUCAUCCUUUGUCGGAGAGACUACCUACGGUUGUUCGGCGUGACGGGGAACUGCGCGGCCUGCAGCAAGCUAAUUCCAGCCUUCGAGAUGGUCAUGAGAGCCAAAGAGAACGUCUACCACCUGGACUGCUUCGCGUGCCAGCUCUGCAAUCAGAGGUUUUGUGUAGGAGACAAGUUCUUCCUGAAGAACAACAUGAUCCUGUGCCAAACAGACUACGAAGAGGGCCUGAUGAAGGAAGGCUACGCUCCUCAGGUCCGCUGAGGGGGGCACAACGGAGGAGGAAGACAGAGGAGUGGGAGAAGACUGAUGGAAAGCUUGCAAUCACACAACAAAAAGCACUAUCGCUUCCUGUCCUGCUCCUGUCCCCCACGUGUACAUAAUGAAGCCUGGCCCGGAAGGGGUGGUACUCAGCUGUACAGAAUAGCCAUUGAGACUGCGGCAUAGCAGGCAGCGGCCCCCGGAAGCGGACUCUUGAGUAAAUGAAUAUUUUGUUUGUUUGUGACUGACAAGUGCUGCCUCUUUCUUCUUGGCAAACAAAAACACUGGCCUCAGAACAACCCAAAGCAAGUUGUUGGACAGAUAUUUACAUGCAUUCAUGUUUGACCACAAGGACCGCGCAGUCCAACUACUUGAAUCGAAAACACGCAGAGGUAUUGUCAAUCAGUGUAUCUUUGGGAUAAACACCUUUUUACUGGAUGUUGUAAAGUGUAAACAGAGAAGUUUGAAAGAAAAAAAAAUAAUUUAAUACUUGUGUGCGUGCGGGUGUGUGUAAUUGCUCUUCAUUUUUUGGGGGGGAGGAAUUUUUCUCAUGCAGUUUUGGUUUGAGCUGUGGAGUCUGAUCAGUGUCAACCUGAUCAUUAGGUUGACCGGUUUGUUGUAUUUUCAAUGUAUUCAUUUUUAAUGACAAUAUGAUUGACAUACAUGAUGUGCAAAAACUUUGGCCAUAAAUGAUUGAUAAACUUGACAAAUUCUUCAAUUCAUCCAAUCUAUUAGAAUCCUUACAACAAACGUUUUGUUAGAUGGGGAUACGGAGUACAGCGGUAUGAAAAGUAUCUGAACCUUUUGGAAUUUCUCACAUUUCUGCAUAAAACCACCAUCAAGUGUGACCUGAUCUUUGUCAAAAUCACACAGAUGAAAAAACAGUUUCUGCUUUCACUAAAACCACCCAAACAUUUUUAAGUUUUGAUAUUUUAAUGUGGAUAGUUUGCCGGAAGGGGGAAAAACAAGUAAGUGGACCAUCACAUGUAAUAUUUUGUGCCCCCACCCCUCAAUUAGGGCAGCUAUAACAACCAGACGCUUCCUGUAGCUGCAGAUCAGUCUGGCACAUCGAUCAGGACUAAUCUUGGCCCAUCCUUCGCUACAAAACUGCUGUAGUUCAGUCAAUUCCUGGGAUGUCUGGCAUGAAUCGCUGUCUUUAAGUCAUGCCACAGCAUCUCAAUGGGAUUCUAGUCUGGACUUUGACUUGGCCACUCCAGCAAGUGUAUUUUGUUCUACUGAAAAUGAUUUACUUCUGUGUUUUGGAUCAUUGUCUUGUUGCAGCAUCCAUCCUCUUUUUAGCUUCAACUGUCUGACAGACAACCUCAAGUUUUCCAGCAAAACAUCCUGAUAAGCUUUUGAAUUUAUUCUUCCAUUAAUAAUUGCAAGUUGUCCAGGCCCUGAGGCAGCAAAACAGCCCCAAAUCAUGAUGCUCCCUCCACCAUGCUUUACGUUCGGGAUGAGGUCUUGAUGUUGGUGAGCGGUUCCAUUUUUCCUCCACACGUGACGUUGUGCGUUACUCCCAAACAAUUCAACUUUGGUUUCAUCAGUCCACAAAAUAUUUUUCCAAAACUUCUGUGGAGUAUCCAAGUGCCUUUUUGUGAACAUUAAACGAGUAACAAUGUGUUUUAUAGACGGCAGUGUUUUCCUCUGUGGAGUCUGCACCAUUCUUGGCCAUAGUUAUACAUAGAGUUGAUGUGUGCACAGAGAUAUUGGACUGUGCCAGUGAUUUCUGUAAGUCUUUAGCAGACACGCUAGGGUUCUUUUUUUACCUCUCUGAGUAUUCUGCGCUGAACUUUUGGAGUCAUCUUUGGUGGACGGCCACUCCUUGGGAGAGAAGCAACAGUGCCAAAUUCUCCCCAUUUGUAAAAACCUUCCCAAAAUGUCGAUUGAUGAACAUCCAGACUUUUAGAGGUGGUUCUGUAUCAUUUCCCAGGUUUAUACAAAUCAACAAUCCUUGAUCACAGGUCAGACAGUUCUUUUGACCGAGCCAUGAUGCACAUCAGACAAUGCUUCUCAUCAAGACUAUUCUUAUCAGGUGUGUGUUUUAUAGUGGGUAGGGAAGCUUUAAACCACUCAUCAGUGAAUGGGCACACACCUAACUUAAAUUGUUUGGUAAAAAUUGGUUUCAUUUGCUCUUUAAGGCCAUGUUCACACGUAGCAGGGUUUUUUUAAAAAAAAAAAACGAGGAUUCUGCCCUAAUAUGUUGGGGGGAAAUAAUUGCGUCCACACCUGCACGUUUGUGUAGGAAAAAAAAAAAACUUCCACAGCCAACCGCUUUCAUUCAUUUUUAAGUACAUUCAAAACAACAAAAUAAUACCCGUUAUUCAAUAAGAAGCAUAGCAAGAGUUUGUUAAAAAAAAAAAAUGGAAGCAAAAAAGCGCUUAUUUAAUAUACUCCAAAUGUAAAAAUUGGUCUCAUGUGUGACGUGAGGACAAAAUUUGUCGCAGCCAGUGACGUAAAUCUUCGGUUAUCAGUGUCCACAUGAUGGAGCCACAAACGCAGAAUUCGCAAAUCUUCCCCUUCCCCGUCGUUUUUAAGAACCCUGGUUUAAUUCUGCGUGCGCAUGUGGAUGAUAGGUCAAACCGUAGAAAAAUAUCUUCUUUUUACCAGAUACCCUGCUACGUGUGGACAUGGCCUUAGUCUCCUUAGGCAGAUGGUUCACUUACCCCCCCGCCUUCUGUCAUUGUUUGCAUGCUAUCCUCAUUAAAAUAUGAACACCUAUAAAUGUUUGGGUGGUUUUAGUUAAAGCAGACACUGUUUUUACACCUGUGUGAUUUUAACAAACAUCACAUUUGAUGGUGAUUUUAUGCUGAGAUGUGACAAAUUCCAAAAGGUUCAGAUACUUUUUCAUACCAUUGUACAUAGAACAGGCAAAACCACAUAUUGUUAGUAGAUAAAGUGAAAUGAAUAAACCCAUUAUAUGAUGAUACUUUGGACUGAUGCCAUCGUUGGAAUACUUUUGCACAGUGUUUGAAAUUAGUGGCCAAUAAGAAUAAUAUACAUGAAUCAGGCACAGCCUUAUAGACGUAAGUCACACGCUGGUUUACAAAGUGCGAGGGAGAAAAUUUGAGUAAAAUGUGAAUUGGAAGGAUAUUUUUCAAGAAAUUCCUUUAACAUCGCAUGUUUCUUCUUCAUGAGCUUUCUCACACUUUGAAAACCACCAGAUUUUUUGCGCCCACCCUUUAGCAGUAUUUGUCCACUUGGAUUCGUAUCACUUUUUUUAAAUGGGGAUUGUAUUUAUGAAACUUCCACGUUGGGAAAGUGGUUGAGAGGUUAGGUGAACUUUCUGUAGAUUUAUUUAUUUGUUCAGCGGCUCUUGUCCUGAAUUUAGAAUUGUUCAACACGCUGAUACUUGAAUGCAAUCGAUAGCGGACUCGAGACUCCGCUGGCCUCAUCAUGUUGACCUCCUCGUCGUGCAUAAACUGUCCGGCUGUAUACUCAGCGUUCAUUCUUGACUUUAAAAUGUUCUCUGUAAAAUGUAGGUGUACAUAAAAAAAAAAAAAAAAACUAUUUCCUUUUGCUUGCCUAUUGUACAAUUCUUUCUUUUAAUGUGUCAUCCAGCAUGAGAUGUUUAUUUUUAGGACAACGCUUGUAAAUACUGUAAUUGUAAUAAUUUUAAGCACAAAUGUAAUACAGUUUUAUUGUGUUACGCAGAGUUUGGUGUCUUUUUUUUUUUUCUAUCAGUUGACAGGAAAAAUUUAGGGUUUAAGCUUUCAAACUCAUUUAGAGGG